AUCAUCAGAUCUUUCCCUAACUAUACUGGAACAUGUGCUCUGCUCCUAAAAAACCUUACUACGAAGCAUUGCCUGCUUCAUUACAACCUUUCCACUAUGACUUGACAAUUUCCAGUAUCGAUGUAAAACAAGAAAUUUUCAAAGGUGUUGUAGAAAUUCAAUUGAAAGUAAUUGAAGAAGCCGAUGAAUUACACUUAAAUUACAGAGAUUUGGAAGUUUCAAAAGAUGGAAUUGUUGUUGAAUUGGUCAAUGGUUCUGGUGAGUCGACUCCUGUACAAAUCACUUCCUUACAAGAGUUUAAAAAGAAGGAGUUUUUUGUUAUAAAGUUUGAUCAAACUUUGAAACCAUCAGGUGAUGAUAGUUAUGUUAAAGUUACAUUAAAUUAUGAUGGUAUUGUUCAAACUAAUAUGGCUGGUUUCUAUAAGUCUGGAUAUGUUGAAGAUGGUGAAGAAAGAUUUAUGUUAUCUACUCAAUUCGAAGCCACCGAUGCUAGAAGAGCAUUCCCAUGUCUUGAUGAACCAUUAUUAAAGGCAACUUUUAAAGUAAAACUUGAAGUUCCAAAGGAAUGGAUUGCCUUAGGAAACACUCCAGUUGAAUCUAUAGUUGAAAAGGAAGAUAUUAAUUUAUAUACUUUUGAAAAGACUCCAAUUAUGUCAACUUAUUUAUUGGCAUGGGCUGUUGGAGAUUUUGAAUAUAUUGAAUCUUUCACUAAAGAUACUUAUGAAGAUGAUAAACCAUUACCAGUCAGAAUAUAUACUACCAAAGGUGGUAAUCAUCUUGAAAAUGCUAAAUUAGCAUCAGAAAUUGCUCCAAAGAUUGUUGAUUUCUUUUCAAGAAUUUUUGAAAUUAAAUAUCCAUUACGUAAAUUAGAUUUAAUUGCUGUUCAUUCAUUUAGUCAUAAUGCUAUGGAAAAUUGGGGAUUAAUUACUUAUAGAUCAACCGCAUUAUUAUAUUCUGAAGAAAAAUCAGAUCCUUCUUAUAAACAAAAAGUAGCGUAUGUUAUUGCUCAUGAAUUGGCUCAUCAAUGGUUUGGGAAUUUAGUUACUAUGAAAUGGUGGGAUGAAUUAUGGCUUAAUGAAGGAUUUGCUACUUGGGUUGGUUAUGUUGCUGUUGAUUAUUUAUUCCCAGAAUGGGAUAGUUUUAGUAUCUUUGUAUCUGAUUCUUUACAACAAGCUUUAGCUUUAGAUGGUUUAAGAAAUUCUCAUCCAAUUGAAGUUCCAGUCAUUGAUGCUUUAGAUAUAGAUCAAGUUUUUGAUGCUAUUUCUUAUUUAAAGGGUGCCUCUACUAUAUUAAUGAUUUCCAAUUAUUUAGGAACUGAAUUAUUCUUAAAGGGAGUUGCCUUAUACCUUAAUAAAAAUAAAUUUAGUAAUGCUACAUCUCAUGAUUUAUGGGAUUCAAUUGGUGAAGUUUCUAAAAAGCCAAUUGAUCAAAUCAUGAAUGAAUGGAUUAAGAAAAUAGGUUAUCCUAUUGUUGAUGUUAGUUUAGAACCAACAUCUAAUAGUUUAGUAUUAAAACAAGCUAGAUUCUUAAAUGGUGGUGAUGUAACUAGUGAAGAAAAUGAAACUAAAUGGUGGAUUCCUUUAAAUAUUUCUAGUGGUAAAGAAUCAGUUGAAUCUAUAGUAGAUUCAUUUGAAUCAGAAACAUUAAUUAUUGAUAAUUUCCCAUUAGCUUCUAAAUUUUUUAAAUUAAAUAAAGAUAUUACUGGAGUUUAUAGAGUUAAUUAUUCAACUGAAAUCUUGGAAAAUAAUAUUUUACCUUAUUAUAAUCAAUUAAGUACUAGAGAUAAAGUUGGAUUAAUUGCUGAUGCAUCGGCUACAUCUAUUGCUGGUAAUAAUUCAACUAUUAGUUUAUUAAAAUUAAUUAAAUCUAUUAAGAAUCAAUUAGGAAAUAAUUAUGUUGUUUGGUUAGAAUUAGGUAGAAAUAUUGAUAUUUUAUUAACUAAUUUUGCUGGUGAAAAGGAUUCUAUAUUAUCUCAAAGUUUAACUGAUUUUGUUAGAUCUGUUUAUGAAAAUAAAGCUAGUGAAUUAAUUGAUGAAUAUGAUUCUAAUGGUGAUAAUUCUGAUUUCUUAAAGGUUAAAUUAAGAUCAGAUGUAUUAUCUCAUGCUGGUUUAUUAUCUAUUCCAAAAGUAGAAGAAUUUGCCGUGAAAUUAUUUAAUCAAUGGGUUUCAACCAAUAAGAUUGAUCCAUCAUUAAGAUCAUUUAUAUUCUCUACAGUUGUUCAUUCUAAAGAAUUCACCAAAGAUCAAUUUGAAGCUAUUUUUAAAGAAAUUACUCAUCCAACAUCUUUAGAUUCAAGAGAAGUUGCCUUGGGAGCUUUAGGACAUAUUAGUAAUGAAAUUUUAGCUGAACAAUUAAUUUCAAAACUUUUAAAUCCAGAAAUUAUUCCAAUUAUGGAUAGUCAUUAUUUAGGAAUUCCAUUAUCUAAAAAUGCAGUUACAAAGAAUUCAUUCUUAGAUUUCUUUUUAAAUAAUUAUGAACAAUUCUAUAAAUUAAUGUCUACUAAUAUGGUUGUAUUAGAUAGAUUUAUUAGAUUUACUUUAGGUAAUUAUAAUUCUAUUGAAAUUCGUGAUAGAAUUGAAAACUUCUUUAAAGGUAAAGAUGUUCAUGGAUUUGAAAGAUCGUUGAAUUUAGUAUUGGAUAAUAUUAAAAUUAAUCAUAAUUGGUAUAAUAGAGAUAAUGAAGAAAUUGAAAAGUUUUUGUUAUAACUUACAAAGUAUGUAAUACUAAUACUAAUUUAAAAAAAAAAAAGAACUAAAGUUUAAUAUUAAUAAUAACAAUGAUACUAG